GCCAGUACAGUAGAGAUCGUAACCUGUGAUGGCAAAGCAAGAGUUGGAUCCGUGAUUUUCUUUAAUUACCAGAAAAUGGAUAUGCACUGCGACUGUUUGAUAAAACCUCUCUUUUCGGGAACAUUACAAUUUGCAUCCGAUGCUAUUAAAUUCAAAUGUCAUAUGGAGAUCAACAUUUACGAUAAUAAAAGACCCGAUGAAUUAGUUAAUCUCCCAUGUGGAAAUGGUAGGACAUCUGUUUAUUACAAUGUUACCAAUGACGAUGUCUUUCAUAUAAUAUCCAAACCUGUCAACUUCACAACUGGGACGUUUCAUCAACCCAUCUACGUGUUUGAAGAAGCCACAUUCAACGGCACUAUUUCUGUGUCUUGUGGAGUUCAAAGAUCAUCUACAAGCAUAACUGUAUUGGAUGAAGAACUUAUCAAUAGUUCAACUGCUAUCCAAUCAACAAAUAAAAUAUGUAUUUCUUCAUGUACGUAUAAGUGUCAGGAACAAUACUUACCGUAA